UGUGUGUGUGUGUGCAAUUCAAUCAGGGAAGAAAGGCGUGCGCUAAAGACGAACAAGAACAUAUCUGGAGUCCAAAGAGCAAACAUUACAGCAAAUCAAUUCAAGCGAGAGAGAAAGGAGCGCUAAGGAACGCUCACAGAGCCAGUCUAAGGAGCUCAGUCAGAAUGGCAUCCAGAGGGGUCAUCAAGCGCAGGGCGACUAUUACAGACCUGCCACUGUACUUCAGUGGCCAAAUACAGAAGAAAUACACAGGAGAGGGGGGGUUCAGAGGGUAUUAUGGAGAGCUGCGUGGUUCCACCAUGUUCUUCUACGCAGAUGAGAAACAUGAAACGUACUGCGAGAGGCUGGAACUGCACAACCUGAAGUCUAUGGUGCCCGUCUCCUCCUAUUCAGCCAAGACAACGCCGGUUUACACACUCACCUUCUCCAACCAGGAAGUACAGCUAAAGGCUGAUAAUCCAGACACAGGAGAGCUAUGGAGGGGCUAUAUCUUGACAGUGGCUAAAUUGGAGGUCCCACACCAGCUGCAGCUCCUGCCUGGUCACUUCAUGGCGCUAGAACACGUGCGGGACCAAGAGCAACAGCGACAGGUUCUGCCGCCCUUUUACCAGCCCUCCAUGGACGCGCCCGCGCCCCGCUCAUGCACGCCGACCAGCUCAGAGGCCUCAAAUGAGUACGACGACAGCCUGUCCUCAGUUCCCACUUGUUUCAUGUCAGUGUCCCGUGAAGAGGCAGAGGAGCUACUCACAAAGAAUCCAGAAUGUGGCAGCAUCAUCCUGAGGCCUGCAACAGACAAAUAUAACUACACUAUCACCAUGAGACAGAUCUAUCCCAGUGGUCCAGUUAUAAAGAACUACAGGAUCCUGUCCAGUGACCAUGGCUUCAUCAUUGAACUGGAGGUGCCUGUAACUGUCCAAACCUUGAAUCAAGUGGUGGAUUACUUCUUAGAGCAAACAGCCGGUCAGCUAAAGCCUUUUGCAAAGGCCUACGACAUUCGCAUUGAGGUGCCUCCUCGAGUGCCUCCUAAUCGUGACGACAUUCCUCGAGUGGCACCCACUAUCCGCACAGAGCCAUCGCCUAGCAACAAGCCCCCCACACCUCCACGGCCUCCGUUCCUGAACCAGAUGAGCACAUAUGAGAAUGAAAAGGACCUAAAGACAAACCCUAAGGUUGAGAAGAACAAGAAGUCGUACAGACCUUUCUCCAGAAGUUAACACACACACACACACAACCAAUUAUAGAAAGUUGAGGAUGAAGUUGAUCUAGACUUAAAGUCAGUAUUGCAGAAAUGUUGGGUAAGAUUAAUUCCAUCAAACUCCUGUUUGCCUACUGUAUGUACAUGUGUACAUUUCUCCAUGUUGGUUUAGAUUUUGUUAGAUGACUCUUGCGAGAAACUGUAACGUUUUCUCUGAUUGCGUUGCUCAGCUUUUGUACUUGGAGGAUUGUUGGCAUAGAAUGGUGGUUUAAAUAAUAAAAACACAAAUGAA